AUGGACGGAGUUGUGGACGAAGAUCGCCGAAGGAGGCUCAACCAGCUCGAGAACAGAAUAAAAGACUCACAGGGCAAAGGCAACAUCGAUUCCCUUCUAGACACCGUUCAAGCUCUCUACACCGAUUGUGAUCAUCCUGCCAUUAAGAAACUGAAAAAUAUUGAAGUAUAUUUACAUAGAUAUGAUGAAAUAGCGAGUGAUAUAAUUAAGCUUCGAAUGAAGACAGACGAUUUUGAGCAUAUUAAAGUAAUAGGAAGGGGUGCUUUCGGUAAAGUACAGUUAGUUCGCCAUAAAUAUACCAGACAGGUAUACGCCAUGAAAAGAUUGAGCAAAGCUGAUCUUAUAAAACGUUCCGAUUCGGCUUUCUUCUGGGAAGAGCGACAUAUAAUGGCUCACGCUAAGUCUGAGUGGAUUGUGCAGCUUCAUUUUGCCUUUCAAGACGCUAAACAUCUAUAUAUGGUUAUGGAUUAUAUGCCAGGGGGUGAUAUUGUUAAUUUAAUGUCGAAUUAUGAGAUACCGGAGACGUGGGCCAAGUUUUACACUAUGGAGGUUGUGUUAGCUCUUGAUGUAAUACAUUCGAUGGGAUUUGUUCAUAGAGAUGUUAAGCCUGAUAACAUGCUUUUAGACAAGCAUGGCCAUUUAAAAUUGGCUGAUUUUGGUACUUGUAUGAGAAUGGAUUCUGAUGGUCUUGUCAGGUCGAAUAAUGUUGUUGGCACGCCUGAUUAUAUAUCGCCAGAAGUGUUACAGAGCCAUGGAAAAGGAAUAUACGGCCGAGAGUGUGACUGGUGGUCGGUAGGCAUCUUCGUCUACGAAAUGCUGGUAGGCGAAACACCCUUCUACGCCGACAGCCUCCUGGGCACCUACAACAAAAUCAUGUACCACGAGAGCAACCUCAUCUUCCCCGUCGAAAUCGAGAUCUCUAACGAGGCCAAAUCCCUCAUACAGGGUCUUCUGUGCGACCGGACCGUGCGCUUGGGUAGGAACAGCGUGGACGAGAUCAAAAACAACCCGUUUUUCAUCAAUGGAGAGGGCUGGACAUUUGAUAAUCUCAGAGAUGCCGUGCCGCCUGUGGUGCCCGAGCUGGCUAGCGACGAUGAUACGAGGAAUUUUGAUGAUUACGAGAAAGAUGAUACGCCAGAAGAAAUAUUUCCUGUUCCAAACACAUUCGUCGGAAACCAUCUACCCUUCAUCGGAUUCACCUACAACUCCGACUACCAACUCCUAUCCACUCAAACGGUCGUUGACGGUGGCAAAACCACCUCUAACCACAUCUACAAUGACAAAGACACCACCGCUCAACUCGCCAAGCUCGAAGCUCAACUGGAACAAGAAAAGAACAACGUGGAGACUCUCGAGGCCAAGCAACGAAUACUCAUCGCUCAACUGGACACAUUGGCUCAAAAAGAGGGCGAUUUAAGACAAGAACUGUCACAGUACGAGAAAGAAGUCACUGUACUUAAGCACAAUUGCAAAGAGAUGCAGAGGAAGGCUGAGUGUGAGAGUGACUUGAGAAAGAAUACCGAAAAAUUGCUGGCGGAUGCUAAACAAAAGUUUGAGGAUGAACAGAACAGGAGGACCAAAGAAAUGAACAACAACCAACAGCACAACGAUAAAAUUCACACGUUAGAAAAACAAAUUAGUGAGAUGCAGGAAAAACUGAAAGUUGAAACUGAAAAUUGUCAGAGACUUCGAAAACAGAUCAAUGAACUCACCAUGGCGAAGUCUAGUACUGAAAUGAAAGUUACCGAGUUUCAAACUCUCUUGCAAUCGGUUCAAAACCAAAAAGACUCUUUACAAAGCGAAGUAGUACAGUUACAAGAGCAAUUGACGGACUCCAAGAAUGCUCUAGCUCAAGUCACCGAUCAUCAAGCUAUGCUGGAAAACAAACUAUCUUCAGCAAACAAGGAGUUGGAUAGUGUGAAGGAAAAGGAGGCUAAGACUUCGGCUGAUAAUCACCAACUUAACGAAAGGGUGUCGUUUUUGGAAAAAGAGAAUGCUGGACUGAGUUCUGAACUGAGGACGGCUCAGACGAUGUACAGGCAGGAGGUUGAAGCUCACGAGGAGACUGAGAAGAGCAGGAUGAUGAAUAGGGAAGAGGCUAACAUGGAAGUGGUAAAAGCUUUGCAAACUAAACUGAAUGAAGAAAAGAGCGCCAGACAGAAAGCGGACUUGAACUCGCAAGAAAAGGAGCGCCAAAUGCUGAUGCUGUCGGUGGACUACCGGCAGAUCCAGCAGCGAUUGCAGAAGUUGGAAGGCGAGCACAGGCAGGAACUGGAAAAGAGCAAGGUGCUCCAGUCGCAGGUCGAGCAGGAACAACAGAAGAAAACGGUGCUCCAGUCGGAGAUAUCGCACAAUUUGAACGAACUGAACAAGCUCAAGGUGAAGGAGAGUCAGUUGAGCACUGACAUCACUCAUUUACAGGAAUCUAAAAAAAUUCUGGAAGAAGAAUUAUACAAAAGCAAACGCCAAUGGCAGAUGGAACAACUCCAAAUUAAGGAGCUCCAAGACUCUUUAGAAACCGAGCAAUACUUCUCCACACUCUACAAAACUCAAACUCAGGAACUCAAAGAGGAGAUUGACGAAAAAGUCCGCCUCAACAAGGAGAUGGAGGAAGAAUGUGGCUCAUUGAAACACCAGUGCCAAUUGGCUCUAGCCAGAGCCGACUCAGAGGCUUUGGCAAGGUCCAUAGCUGAAGAAACAGUCGCUGAUCUUGAAAAGGAAAAGACCAUGAAGGAAUUGGAAUUAAAGGACUUGAUAAGCAAGCACAAAAAUGACGUUAAUACCAAAGAAUCGCUCUUGAAUGCCAUGAGAGAGCGCGAAGCUGACUUAAAAAGGCUGAACGACCAAUUGCAGAAAGAGAAAGAAGAUAUCUCCAGGCAGUUGAAACAACUUCAAGAAGAAUUUAACAGAAAAGCGUUCAAUAACGAAGAAAUUGAUAAGUUAAAAACGAAAUUACACAACGAGUGCAUGUUGAAACAGCAGGCUGUCAACAAGCUGCACGAAAUCAUGAACAGGAAAGACUUUAUCGAGAAGCAAGGCAAAACCAAAGUGUCCAGCACGAAUUUGAGGAGGAAAGAAAAAGACUUGAAGAAGUUACAACAAGAAUUGAGUCAGGAGAAGGAGAAAUACAACCAAAUGAUCGCCAGUUACCAGAAAAAUAUACAAGACCUGAAUAUACAAUGUAACGAAGAGAUGGCUUCUAGGCAGAGGUUACAAAUGGAGUUGGAUAGUAAAGACGCGGAAAUCGAACAGCUCCAGAUGAAACUUGCUGCGAUGAAUAGCGAGACUGCUUCGUUAAGUUCGGCAGAUAACGAUGGUGAGUCGGAUCACGUUUUCGAGGGCUGGUUAUCGAUACCUUCGAAAGUGAACGUGAGAAGGCACGGCUGGAAGAAGCAGUACGUCGUGGUAUCGAGCAGAAAAAUCAUCUUCUACAAUUCAGAAGGUGAUAAGCAGAACACCGAUCCCGUUAUCGUUUUGGAUUUGUCUAAAGUGUUUCACGUGCGUUCGGUCACACAGGGUGACGUCAUUAGGGCAGAUUCCAGGGACAUUCCCCGGAUAUUCCAGCUGCUCUAUUUGGGCGAGGGAGAAGCAAGGAAGAAUGCGGACGAUCCCAAUGUAUUGCUGGACAACUCGUCCAUAAGGAGUUUCGAGGACAAGCAGCCCGGGUUUGUGUCCCACAAGGGGCAUGAAUUCCUCAAUAUUUCCUAUCAUAUGCCGACCACGUGCGAGGUUUGUCCCAAACAGAUGUGGCACAUGUUCAGGCCGCCUCCGGCCCUGGAAUGCCGACGAUGCCGCGUAAAAAUCCACAAGGACCACCUGGAUAAGAAGGAGGACAACGUGCCCCCCUGCAAACUCCAUUACGACCCCUCCUACGCCAAAGAAUUGCUCUUGCUAGCGUCCUCCAACGAGGAACAGAAGCAGUGGGUGUCCCGACUGAGCAGGAAGAUCCAGGCCAGCGGCUUCAAGGCCAACAACGCCAACUCCACCACGGACUCGGCCAAGAUCUCGCCUAGGGAAUCGACGAGGUCCAGCUUGAAGCCCUACCUCAACGUUCCUCAGAGGUCGGCCACGCUGCCCGCCAACUCGUCCAUGAUCAACAAAUGACGAACAAUUCGCCAGCUCAAACUGAAACUAACGAACUCUUACAGUGAUACGUCCACGCAGCCUAAGAACAGACGCAGGUGACUCGGUGAUAUACCUAGGAUUAAAAUUAAAAUACGCAAAAAGAAAGUUUAUAUAUCUUGCAUCUAGACAAACUACGAGGUGAUUUUUACAAUGAUGAAAUAGUUGGCAAUACUGAUGCAAAAGGAAAUUAUCGUUUGAAAAAUUUUAGUAGAUUACUGUGCUCAAAAAUUCGAAUCUGUUUUGAUUAAAAAAAACUUCGCCGAUUAGAUUCAAUUUCUAAGCUUGUUUUGAUACUGCGACGAAAAUAAGUCAUGAUUAUAUAAACAUUUUUUGAUCGAAAAUUUGUUUUAGCAUGAGUACCAAUCGCUAAUUCCAAAAUCUCUAACACAGUGUAGCCAACUGUCUCAAUUAGUAUGUAUUGUCUUAUACAGGGUGGUCCGAACUGUAUUCCGGCACCAUAUU